GCCGGCCGGGAGAUCUAGUUGACAGAACGACGCCUUGGACUCGACUUUUACGCACUUGUCGGCCGGGACUCUCCUCCAUCCGGGUCUUCCCAUUUUCGGGGGUAGCUCGGAGCGCUGAGCCUAAUCUUGGUGUCAGACUGGGCAGGAAGUCGGCGGACGGUCGGCCGCCGGGGCGCUCUAGGCCGAGGGAUUUUCGUCUCUAUGAUCACAGGAGGCGGCCUCGGGUGUCCCGAGGAGGGCGCGCGGAGGGGGCGUGCGUCAGUUCCGCGCGGGGCUGUCGGGGAACCAUGGCUGCCCCAAGAGAAAAUGUCAGUUUAUUAUUCAAGUUCUACUGCUUGGCAGUGAUGACCCUGGUGGCUGCAGCUUAUACCAUAGCUUUAAGAUACACAAGGACAUCAGACAAAGAACUCUACUUUUCAACCACAGCCGUGUGUAUCACAGAAGUUAUAAAGUUAUUGCUAAGUGUGGGAAUUUUAGCUAAAGAAGCUGGUAGUCUGGGUAGAUUCAAGGCAUCUUUAAAAGAAAAUGUCUUGGGGAGCCCCAAGGAACUGAUGAAGUUAAGUGUACCAUCAUUAGUGUAUGCUGUUCAGAACAAUAUGGCUUUCCUAGCUCUUAGCAAUCUGGAUGCAGCAGUAUACCAGGUGACCUAUCAAUUGAAGAUUCCCUGCACUGCUUUAUGUACUGUUUUAAUGUUAAACCGGACACUCAGCAAAUUACAGUGGAUUUCAGUUUUUAUGCUGUGUGGUGGAGUCAUACUUGUACAGUGGAAGCCAGCCCAAGCUACAAAAGUUGUGGUGGAACAGAAUCCAUUGUUAGGGUUUGGCGCUAUAGCUGUUGCUGUAUUGUGCUCAGGAUUUGCAGGAGUGUAUUUUGAAAAAGUUUUAAAGAGUUCAGAUACUUCCCUUUGGGUGAGAAACAUUCAAAUGUAUCUCUCAGGGAUUGUUGUGACAUUAGUUGGCGUCUACUUGUCAGAUGGAGCUGAAAUUAAUGAAAAAGGAUUUUUCUAUGGUUACACAUAUUAUGUCUGGUUUGUCAUCUUUCUUGCAAGUGUUGGAGGCCUCUACACUUCUGUUGUGGUCAAGUACACAGACAACAUCAUGAAGGGUUUUUCUGCGGCAGCAGCCAUUGUCCUUUCUACCUUCGCUUCAGUGAUGCUGUUUGGGUUACAGAUAACACUCACCUUUGCUCUGGGCACUCUUCUUGUAUGUGUUUCUAUAUAUCUGUAUGGAUUACCCAGACAAGACACUACAUCCAUCCAACAAGGAGAAAUAGCUUCAAAAGAGAGAGUUGGUGGUGUAUGAUUUCAGCCUCAAAAGAGAUUCCUAUCAAGACUAAGCUGUUUGGAUUAAACUAGAGCCUUAAGUCAAUCCCAGAAGGUAGCUUAAACAAAAACAAUAUGUUAACUGUGUUAUAAGAAUUAAGAAGAAAGCUAUCUGAGUGAAUUGCUACAAAUAUUUAAUGUGACCUGUUUUGGGUCAACUUGUUUUAAGAAUGAAAGAAUUUUAUUACUGUAUAUAUAAUGUAUAUAAAAAGAAUGGAGAGGAUAUGGUGUUAAAAAAAAUCACGUGAGGAUACAAUAUUCAAAUAACAAGGUUUGGGACUAGGUUAAGGGUUAAAGUGCCAAAGCCAUUUCUGUACGAACUGUUUUCUUGUUCAGGUACCAGGGGAGAAGGACGACCCCUCCUUGUUCUCCAGUUGAUGUACAGUAUUUCAUCCCAGCAGCAGUAAAGACCUAGCUCUUUUCUUACAAAAGAGAGGCAAAACCAAGAUAGGCUAGUUCAGAAACAAACUGAAUGUCUAACUUCUCAAACUGAAUCUAUUUCAUAAUGCAGACAAUGACUUCUAGGUGGUGAAUGAGUACUCCUGUAAGUGCUGUAUUUGUGCCAUUCAUUGUCUGGAUUCAUGUUUCUUUGCAGUUAGAUGAUCUACUUUUCUUCAAAAAAUAUUUCUAAUGUCACUUUUGUACUUUUUUUUAUAAAGUAUGUUUAAAACUAUUGGGCUGUCAAUAAUUUGUGAAAUUUC